AAUCAUCCUUUGGAUCAUCCAGGCCUUUGUUGUUUUUUGUUGGAGAUCUGAGACUAAUGGGAAACCCCGCACAACAAAAUAACGCGGUCUCAGCUGACGCCAAACAAUCUGAAUUUCCUCGGGGGAAGGGCUCUGGAGGGUAGCGUCUGGGCUAUUUUGGACGAAUGCUUACUGAAAUUUUUCCAAUUUUUGAAGGUUUAACCCCUCGGAUGUGAAAAAAUUAUGGGCCCGACGUCGAUGCGUAGGCCGGACCUUAGAAAUUGAAGUUGAAAGCGAAUCUUCUUACUUUUUUAUGGUUGUCUAGGUACCGACACACGACCAAGGUACGUAAAAAUGGUAGUUUAUUUCUGAACAAGUAGUGGCCGGUAGUUGAGUUUUGUUAUCGUCAAAUACUUUUCAAAGUGUGGAAAAUUAAAACUUUUCCCGAUCAUUUAUUAAAUAUAGUAAGAAUGAAAUUAUUAAUACAGAAAUGAUGAACUUAGAUCAGUUUCGCCCUCGAGUAUUUGGACAUGUAAGUGUAUGUGGCUCAAAAGCUCUCUGAAGCGUUAAGUUAAAAAUCACGUUUAUUUAAUGGCGUGGGAAAAAUUCAAAAGCUAGUGGCAUUUUCAGAUAUCGCCCUCUUAACAGUUAAGCGUGUACAGCAUGCGUUGAGGUCUAUUUGUAGUAGAUAAAUCACCCUCUAAUGGGAGAAAAAUAUUCAAUAUCAGGAGUGUUUUUAAGAGUUCACGUUACUAAUCUUCCGAGCGUGUACUCUCAAAACAAGCUUUGUAUAAAACUAAAUCUUCUUUACAGUUUACACUAUGGCAACUUGCCAAAAGAGAAAAAAAAAACUUCUGGUCAUAAUAACUCUAAGAAUUUAUCGCAGCCUUGUAGUUUUAAACCUGAAUUGAUGUACAUGAAUUAUAGCAACAGUGAGAGCAUGUGAAAGCGUAAAUGUAUUUUGCCACCGGCUAUUGAAUACUAAGUGCAAGGCAGUUAGUGAUACAAGAGUUUUAUUUACCCGAAAGCCGUAUGAGACUCAAGUUAUAACUUCAUCGAUUAAAGUGAUCUUUUGAAAAACCACGGGGAACUCUUUUUUGGGCACCAUGGAUUGUUUUGGAAUUAAUACAGGCGACUUGCUAUUUAAAAUUAAUGGAUUGAAAAUAACUGUUAUUCUCCAUGGUUCAUUUGUUUGGCUGUUAUUUCAUGCUAAUCUCUUGUCUAUGCAUAACCUAUUGAUUUGCUAAUUCUUUCUUUCUGGAAAAUUUUAUGUUGAAUGUUGUGUGAAAUCAGAAUAAAUCCUUUGAUCAAAGAGGGUCUUUAAGGACUCUUUUGUUAAUUUCAAUGAAGUUUGGCCAAAUUUUUGAAAAAAACUGCAUGGUUCUACAAGGUCUCUUAUUUACACUUAUAAGCAUCAAGUUGUCAGUCUGUAGGAGAGUGUGUUCAAUCCAAAACAGCCUGGAGGCUUUUCAAGGUCCUUCUGAAAGAAAUUUUUGCAAUCUGUUAUUUGACCAUUUUUUCUUGCAAUAAUAAUGUUUAUGAGUCACAUAGACAGUACUUACAAAAUUGUUUCUAUGAUAAACAGAAAUGGAUGUUGGUCUGCUAAGAAGUGUGUUUUGACAUGUUUGCUUCAUGUUCUGGUAAUGUUUCUUUAAAUACAGAAGUUGACCCAGCUAAACCUAAAGAACCAACACAUGGCCCUGCAAUUUUUGUAAUCAUGAUAUUCUUUGAAAAGCAGUGAUCUUUGUACUGGUCCCAUUUGUUUGAACAUUCAUAAACUCAAUCUUCAAGAUAAAUUGCCAUUUAAUCACCAUCUUAGUUAUUUAUGUCUGUUAACAUUCAUAAAACUAAUUAACUGAAAUCGUCCUGUGUAUAGUUUACUCCAACUCUGGGACUACUACAGCUGCUAGAUCUUUCUAAAGAGCAUCCUUAUCUUAUCUUAUUGUAGCUAUGUUUAGACACUCAGCAUAGUUUGUUUUUGAAGAGCUAACCUUUGUAUUGUGUCUAAAAAUAAAUGACUAUCCUUUCUUCUUUGUUCUAAGAUUGAUCAUGCAGCUGUGCAAAUGUUUUUGCUUAUGUUGUUCCUUGAAAUGGAAUUCAGAAUAAAUGUUUGAAACAAGAUUUAUUUGUCUCUCCAUUUAAGAAUUGUGAUCAAUUAUUUGUAAUUAUACAGAAAAGUACAAAUUUAAUGAGGCUAAGUGUAACUUAGGCCAGUCUAAAACCAAGUUUAUGCGACAGUUUCACUAGACAAAAGUGUGAAUUUUGGUGCCUCAUAAGGUUUGUAGGAGCACUGUCAUGUGCUCUCAAUCAAUUUUCUUUGUCUCUCUGCUACUUCUGGCUAUUAUUUUAUUUACCAUAGUGAUACCUGCCAACAGUGUGCACUACUUCAGCGAUUCAAACUAGCUUUUAGCAUAGAUUAAUCUUAUACCACUGCUCUGAUGAAGAGGAAUGCUCUGUGGUCAAGUUGAACUUUUGGUUGGGUAGUAUGACUAUCUUUUGGGCAAUGCAAAUUAUUUUUUUGAGAAUUAACCCUUAAACUCCAAAUAUCUGCUUGUUAAUUCCCCCCUCUAUCUAUUAUACGCUUCCUUGUAAAUACAUUACAAGAAGUUUUGUGUUAGAUCAAGAUAACUUCUGCCUUAAGUCUGAGUAUUCCCAUUACCUGUUUGCUGGAUUUUAUAUAGAUGUAAGGGAGAAGUUACAUUUGAAUUUUUAAUCAAUCACUCCUGGGAGUUAAGGAUUGAAGAAUGAUGUAAAAAAUAAAUGCAGUAAGGAAAGUUUGCAUUUGGACAGUGAGACAGGUUAAAAUGAUUUGGGGCAUACAAUGUACUACUGGUUUCAGAAACAUUUCCAGUUCAUCUCAGGUUGAGUUCUCUAGGAUUCACUCCUGAUAACUAAUUCAUGAACAGCACAAACUUAGUUUAGUUUGUUUGAUGAGCAUGUGUCUGUGUAUGUGUCUGUGUAUAAUGCGACAUGUUAAUUAUUAAUUCAUCAAGCCUUAAGUUAUAUGUAGAUCCAUGUUGUGAUGCUGGAGCUAGAAAUCUGUUUCAUGGAAGUAUUUGCUCUCCUGGAUUUCCUCUUAAUAAGCUAUUCAUUAACAGUAGAAAUUUAGUUUAACUUGUGUGAUGUGAAGCUGCAAGUAAGGAGCUCUUGAUUUUACAAAACAGCUAAAUUUAGAUAAAUAUUAUGCUUUAUAAGAAAUCUCAGUAUGAAGGUUUUCAGUUUUAGCUGGACUUUUUGUCAUAGAACAUGGUAAAGACCUAGCUGUAUUUUGUCAAGAUUGUUGCAAAUUGUUUAAAUAUUGAUUUAGAAAUUAGCUUAACAGGUGGUUGUUUUUUUUGUAUUUAAUUUUUCAGUUUCUCUCCUGGGCAUUAGCUAGUUGAAUAUCAUGCAAUUUUAAUCAAGAUAUUUUAAAUUUUAAGCUUAAUCGGUCCAGUUUCACCUCUCAAAGUACAUUUCAUUUUUAUGACUUUGUAUAAUCAUUAUAGUACUCAUUAACAUAUCUUUUGAUGCUCCAGGUACUGUAGAUAAUCAUGUUUACAUCUUACCCUUGGUCUUAUGCAGCUUCUUGCCUAUUUUAUCAUGCAAUUCCAACAUUACUUGAGACAGCACUUGCUAUCACUACUUGCAUGGUUUUGUGCUGGUUUUUUUUUUCCUCAAGUUUAGGGUUUUGUACAUCCACAAUUUCUUUAUUUUUUCAUCAUAUUCAGGUAGCUGCGGCACAAGUGAAUUUAAAUGCUUCACAGAUGAAUUUCAGCCCAAGGAGAGGAAGUUGAUACUAAGAGAGUUUAUUCAGCAGGAGUAAAGUGUCAGGUAAAUUUGAGCUCUGGGUAGUUUCAUAUUGUAUGAGUAAAUUUAUUAACUACAAUUUUUUAGUUAUUAUUUCUUUCAAUCCACUCUGAUAAAGGGCUAAUACUCAAAACAUCAAAUCAGUUUACAAUGGCCUAUUCACAUUAACAACUCUGUUGAUGAAACCAAAUUAUCUAACUUGUAAAUUACUCGCCAUUGACUUAGCAACAGUUUCUUUAGGUUAAGAAACAUACCUCCUUUAUCAUGAUGAUUUUUAAUAGACUACAUUAAUUUAAGAGUUAGUUAGCUUGUGAGCCACAGGGACCAUACUGCCAGAACUUACUGUAUCUUACUCUAGUAGCAUGUGAAAGUAGUCUUUCUGUUUUCCUCCUUUGCUGAGAUGCUUAAGUCUAUCCUAGAGACAAUUGCCCUCAACCCACAGCUCUUUCUUUUAUUCCCUGACAGUAUGUUGGUACUCUGCAUUGUUUACAUCCUUAACCUUUUGGCCAUGACUUUGCAACCAAAACUGAUGGAAUUUCUUCCUCCAAUAUCAAUACUUUUUCAAGCAGUUAAGUGAUGAGAAGAAACAAAAAUAUUACCCAAGAGGAUAUUGCUUUUAUUUAGAACACCAAAUUUGUGGAAAAUUGACACAAGAGCAUAAUUCAGUACAACAAGAUCUGUGAGAUAAGAAGUAGUUUUAGUAGUAAUAUUUAUUUUUGCAUCUGUUUAGGAGCUAUGAGUGAACCAGGAGACCAAGUAGCAGUGGGUGGGCGGAGCAUGUUGGACAACAUGGUUGGAGUUGGUGACAUGGUGCUUCUUGAGUCCUUGACUGAAGAUUCAGUGAUAGAGAACCUUUGGGACAGAUACAAUAACAAAGAUAUCUAUGUAAGUUUUAAAUGAAUUCCCCCAGUAGAACCAACAAAUCUACAUGUAAAUUGAAAGUCAAAUUACAUUGAAAAAUGCUGUUUUGAACUCACACUUUUGUCUGUAGUGCUUGACUACUAAAGAUGUAUAAACAACAUUAAAAACAUGAAUUGCUAACAUAAUACAUUCUUUACUGAGACAUCUUAGAGCAUUUGUUGUCACCCUUUACUGUUUCACACUUCCUUCCUUUGUAUACAAUUAUAUACAAGCAUCACAAAUAUGAGCAUAUCUUAAAUUAAAUAUUGUGUGAUAUUAUUUCCCUACCUGCUUUAUGAUGAUCACCAGAUGAAUUAUAUAACUUACCAACUGCCUCGAAAUAUCAGUUGUUGAAACGUAUCAGAGUUAAAUUGAUUUAUUGGUUAAUACCUAACCAGUGCAUAUGUAAAUCUGGUAGACUGGAUGUACAUGCACACAGACACUGUUACUGUCAAGGUUGGCUGCGUUAGCCAUAAUUUUUACAACAAUAUUUUUUAUGGAGUUGUCAAGUUUGCAUGAACUUAAUUUAUAGGAAUUCAAUGUUUUUCAGUGGUUAUAUAGUUAUACAAGUUUGACCUGUACAAAAUAAAUUUAUCAAUUUAUAUUAUCUCUUGAUAGUAGUAGUAGGUUUGAAUGAAUGUACAUGUAUAGAAAAUAUAUUAUGUAGUAAGGGAAUGGGGAUGUCAUAUUUUUUUGUCAUUUAAUUUGCAGACUUACAUUGGAGAUGUGGUGGUGUCCAUCAAUCCUUAUCGUAAAUUCAACUUGUACACUCCUGAAAGGAUAGCAGAGUACAGAUCUAGAAACAUUUAUGAGUUGCCUCCUCACAUGUGAGUACAGCUCAAUGUUUGAAAACAAAGGAUAAUGAACUGCUUUGAGUCAAUUUAGAAGCUGUAGAUGUGGUAGUAUAGUUGCUUUGUCAGUCUGUACCCUACAAAUCAUGGAUCGAGAAGUCUUUUUUUUUAUCCCUGGCUGACAUCUUCGUUUAGUGUUCUUGGGCAAGACACCCUUGUCACAAAGUGUCCCUCGCUCGAUCCUCUUGGGAGUAAUAACAAAUGGAUACUUCAGCAAAUUGUCUGAGAAAUCUGACAAAAUUUUAGGAGAGAGGUAUUUGCAUGAAGCCCAUCCACGGUGAGCCAACUCAUCAACCAGUCAGGUGCAAUACCAUAGCCUAUUACAUCUUGGUCACAUGCAUUUUCCUGUCAUUCAUGCAGUUUUAAAUGCUUAGUCUUACUUUGAAAUCUCUCUGGCUCUUUGAAUUGGAACUGUUUCCUUAGCUCUAAUUUAAGCUUUUGUGAUUACUUUGAUUUACGCUUAAGAGCACACUUUAUUGAAAACUUCCCUUAUAAAAACUUAGUGGUUGGUGGUUGUUAUUUGCAUUUUCUUUAAAACAGCUAUGCCAUAGCUGAUGAUGCCUACAGAUCCAUGAGAGAUUACAACCAGGAUCAGUGUAUUAUAAUCUCUGGUGAAAGUGGAGCUGGAAAAACAGGCAGGUUCUAUUGUUUGAUACUGAAUCAUUUUGUGUGCUUCAUCAGUUAGCUUGUUAUCUGGGUGUUUCAUAUUAUUUAUGCCUGCCUGCUGCUGACAGGAUUGAAGUCACCACUGAUCUUUCCAAUUUGUUUCUUCAGAGGCAUCCAAGGUUGUUAUGCAGUAUGUGGCAGCGGUGUCUGGCAAAGGCUGGGAAGUGGACAGAGUAAAAGAACAGUUGUUACAGUCUAAUCCUGUCUUGGAAGGUUAGUGAUAUUUUGGAUAAUUAUAUGAGUUAAUGCCUGUCACCCAUUUCAUUGGUUUCUCAUAUCUGGAUCUUAGAUUUCUUGUUCAAAGGAAAGUGUGUACAGUAAGUGUGUGUGUUGUGUGUGAGAAAUUGGAGAGUGGAUCAAUGAAGUAACAAGUGGAUAGAUUUGUUAGUUCUCCUAUACAAAAGAUAAACUAAAUGAAAGGAUAGUAGAAAAUGAACAGGAGAUUGAAGGAAUACAGGAAUGAAUUUAAUUGACUAAUUGAUGAAAGGGUUGAUUGAAUUAACGAUGCAAAUUAAAUUGGAAAAGCAAAGGAAUGAGUUAAUGAAUUGAUGAGUGGUUGAUUGAUGGAAUGAAUGAAUGAAUCAUUGAAUGAAUGAGUGAAUGGUCAAUUGAUGGAAAGAAUAAAUGAAUGAAAUGAACAAAUGAACAAAAGAGAGAAUAACUUAAGGUGAUGGAGAGAUGAUUGAGGGGGUUCAAAGCUUAUUGUUUGUAUUUUUCAAGAGAUUGUGCCUGGUUGGGUGUUCAUGAGUAUCAUGUUACUUUUGCAGCAUUUGGCAAUGCAAAGACUCUUAGGAAUGACAACUCAUCUCGUUUUGUAAGUGGAUUUAAUGAGAAACAAUGUUACAUGUACAUGUAGCUACUGUCAGUAGAUUCUUUCAAUUCCUUGAUAUUAAAAGUUUGUGCAUAAUAAAGGAAUCUUCAUGAUCCUGGGCUCCAUGGAAAUUCCUGAAAUUUUAGUUUCUUAUUUUUGAGGACUUGAACAGUCCUUUAACAUGCUGGAUGUUGAAAAGCUUUGGCAAAUAAAGGCUUGCUGAUUGACUUAAUAUUUAGUAUAUGCUCUUGAGAUUCUUAGAAUAAGCUGUUAACUGCCCUUUUCAAAUUUGGUAGUUCUCAAUUUAUACAAAUCCUUUUCUCAAUACUUCAUAGAACUCUUGAAUGUUUCUUCUUAGAGAUAAUGAUUCAAAUUAAUUUCAAACUCUUUAAAGUGAAUAAUAAGUUUGUAAAAUUUAUGUUUGAUUUUUUAGGGAAAAUAUAUGGAUCUUGAAUUUGACUUCAAAGGUGAUCCAGUCGGAGGAGUCAUCACAAAGUGUAAGAGAUUAAUUUUGUGAAUUAAUGGCACUGUUAUUUUCAGCAUCUUUUUAGAACAAAAUCUCUAAUCACUUUUAACUCUCUCAUUUCAUUUUUAGAUUUGCUGGAAAAGGUAAUUUUGAUUCUUCGAGGUCUGGAAUAAAGUAACCAUACACUGACAUUACUUUAUUUGUUCACAUGCACAACACUUUUAUCUUAGUUUGCUGAUUAUUGGAAGUGUGGAGGAUUAAGUUGAGGUGCAGAAACCUAAUCUAUGCCUCAGUGGUAGGCUCAAAGGGGCUCAGAUUUUUGAAAAAAUGAAUAAAAUAUUUCCUUAUCUGAUAAAUGAGAUCAAAUUUAACAUGAUCUCGUCUUAUCCUUUUAUAAUAAUUUGCUAAUGAAAUUUUUUGAUGAAUUACAUUUAUUGAAUUGAAAUUAAUCUUCACUCUUUGCAUAUGCAUGAAAUGUGAUUUAUUAAUUAAAAUUGCAUCUUAGAUGCAUUCUUAAUUUUACAUGCUUCACAACAAUCUGAAUUUCUUAAUGAGAUAUUUACUUUGUUAUAUUUUUGAAAAUCUGGUGUACUCAACACAUUUGUUUUCGCAACUUAUGUAUUAUUUCCUGUUUGUGUUAUCAAUUAUUAUAUAACCCUGUCUCUUGAAGCAAACAUGUAUCCGGCAACUUUUUUUUAAACAGUCCCGUGUGGUACAUCAAGCCCAAGGGGAGAGGAAUUUCCAUAUUUUUUACCAUCUACUCUCUGGUGCCUCUGAUGAACUUCUUGGUAAAUUAUUUUGCAAUUACUGUAAAUAAGAAAACUAUAAUCCUAUAAGGCUUUUUUAACUUAGUUUUUAUGGUCUAAAGUCAAAGUGAAAUGGAACUCAUGUUUCAUUACUUUUUUCCUUAAAUCCUUGCCUCUUCCUUAAAUCCUUGCCUCUUCCUUAAAAUCCUUGCCUCUUCCUUAAAUCCUUGCCUCUUCCUUAAAUCCUUUCCUCUUCCUUAAAUCCUUGCCUCUUCCUUAAAAUCCUUGCCUCUUCCUUAAAUCCUUGCCUCUUUAAGAUGUUGCUGGAAUGCCCAAUAGUGAAUAUCAGCCAUGCUGCCUAUCAUAAAGACAAGGGCUGUGGUCAGCAUUUUGUUAUGUUGGGCAAUGUUAAACAAAGUGUCUUUUUUUUCUGGCAACUGUUUGAAAAUACACUGCUACUAUUCACUAGACAUAUCAUUCUGCAUUGCAUAUUUUCAGAUGAUAUGUAACUUUUAAUGAACAGUCAUACAGGUAAACCACCUCAUUUCAACUCUUGCAUCUCUACUUGAAACAGGGAAACUUUGCCUUGUGAAUGACUGUAAUGAUUACACUUACCUCAAUCACAGUGGAUGUGUGAAGGUCAAUACAAUAGAUGACAAGAAGGACUUUGUAGUAGUUGAGGUUAGUGUCUCAAGAUUACUCUGCAUAGUAUGUUAGUUCUAGAAUGUUUACAAAAUGAUCACUAAAGCUCAGACUUUGUCGUUCGAGUAGUUCAUCUUCGAAACCUUUCUGUUCUCUUUGUAGUAUCUUCUCGCAAAUCUACACUUACUAACAGAAUGUCCAGAUUCUUCUUUCAAAUUGGUUGUUCUCUAAAGAUACAUUUAUCACAAAGAUAUUAUUCUGUGUAACUGUAACAUACUGCAUAUUUUCUUCAUUUUGAUUGUCAACUAAUUCCUCUCUGUUUCAACAAGAGGGCAAUGGAAAUUGUUGGGUUCACUCAAGAAGAGAAGUUGUCCAUUUACACUCUUCUGUCUGCCAUUUUGAACCUUGGGAAUGUUGCAUUUGAUGAAGCUGUUGAUAAAGUUGAUGGACAUGAUAUUGUGGCCCCUACAAACGAGAAGUGUAAGUUUUCUAAAAUUUGCUUUAAGGUUGGCAGAUAAUGUUGAGAGAUCAACUUUUACUCACCAUGGCUUGAUUCAGGCAUCAAACACUGUUUUCAGACUGUGUAGAUUCUUUCCUCAUGGAAGUAUUUUUAAAAGGGUGAAUGAGUUAAAUGAAUUUUAAGGUUGAUCUAUAUGUAUCACCAAUUAGUAGCUUGGUGCUUUCAGAUUUCGGCAGAUUUCUUCAUUCAUUCACUCCUUUCAGUUGGAUUGUAAGUUCUUGAAGUACUUUAUUCACCCUCCAGAGGCUGUAGAGUAACAAAUUAAAAAUAGCUCACCACUUUUAUAGAAAGAAAUCACUUACAGGAAAGGAAUGUAAUUUCUUUUAUACAAUCAUGUAUGUUGGUACAUAUAAGUCAAAUGGAACAUUAUUUUGUUUGGCUUGUUACAAUGUAGUCAGCCAUUGGUUUACCAACAGUUGUUCACCUCAGUGUCUGUGAAAGUGGUGGAUAUUUUUUACAUUGCCUUGCAUCAUGGUAAAUAUCCACUGCUUUUCUUGAAACUUCCACUGAUUAUGGUAAUUUUUCACUUCCUUAUCAAACUCUUAUAACAGACCUAGACUGGGCAUGUGAGAUGCUUCAGUGUGGAACUCAACUGUUGAAAGAUGGUUUGUCUAAGAGAACUGUGCAGGCCGGUAACGAGAGGGUUUCAACUCAUCUUACCUCUGUGCAAGUAUGGUUUUUUUGUUGUUGAAAAGUAUUUAAUCCUAAAUAUCCUGCACUGAGCAUAGUUAAUUAUCAUAGUGUUCUGUUCACAUGCAGUGAAACUCCUUUGAAAGGGUACCUAGUAGGAAAUAGCUAGUACUUAGCAAUUAAAAGAAGGUGGCAGCUAUAAAAAUAUUAUCUAUUAGAAAUCACUUACAUGAAUGCAUGUCCUUUAUAGAAAACCUUCUCUUAACACUCUUGCAUUUACUAAAAGAAUAUCCUACAAAUGUUUUGUGUUUCAUUUACAAUGCUCAAAGACUGCUCUCCCAGUAAAGAGAAUUAUUGUAUUUCUUAAAUAAGUAAGUACAGUGUUUGUGCUUAAUAAUAAAUAUCUAACAAACCUCAUUUUCUCACCUUGUGCUGCUAGUUAAGUCUUGUAACUUACAAUACAGACCUCAAGCUGGGUUAAUGUGAGGUCUACAUAAGGGUAACUUGCAAAAUUGUUCUUGUUGUUAUUAAUCCUAUCUUCUGUUAGGCUUACUAUGCCAAGGAUGCUCUCUCCAAAGCUAUCUAUCGGAGGUUGUUCUCUUGGAUGAUUCAACGGAUCAAUGAGAGUAUAAAGGUAAUUGGUUCUUAACCCUUUAUCUCCCAGAUCAAAUUUAUAACUCUCCUUACUGUCAACCAUACCAUUUUCAUAACGUUAGUGCAGAGAGUUUAGUAUUAGAUGAACAAAUUAUCCCCAAAUUGAUAUUAUUCUUUAUUCUCAUCACUUUUCUGGUUGAUAUUGUAUUGAUAUUGUAAGGAGAAAUUCUGUCUUGGUCACUCAUGGGAGUUAAAGGGUUAAUUCAAAGGGAAAAUACGCUCCACUUCAUCUUCAUCAUCAAGAAAAGACAUGUAAUUUUGAAAUGGAAUACAUUUUCAGCUUCAAUUUUGUUAUUUACUGUAAUGUAAUGCUGCUUGUGAUAUGGUGUUUCUCUUUAGCAAAGGUUUUGUUUUAUUGUUUCCUCAGGUUAAAAAGAAGGGUAAAAGGAAGGUGAUCGGUGUAUUGGAUAUUUAUGGCUUUGAAAUAUUUAAGGUACCUACUCUUUUGUGUAGUUAAAGAAUGCAUGUUUUUAGAAUAAGAGAACCUAUUAAGUUCAGGAGGACUUCAAUUUUCUUGUUUUUAUAUAGAUCUGGUAACAUUGUACAUUUGACAACUAAAUCAUCUAGCACAUUAUUUAAUGUGGAUUAUACCACAAACACUCUAAAAAGCUCCCUCUCCCUAACAAGUCUCCCUACUUGUCUCUAUUAAGCCUUUGUUUGUUACCCUAGCUAGACUCUUAUCACCCCACCAAACAGAAUUUGCAAAUACUGUACUUUGUAGUGUUAUGUGGAAUUUAUUUCAGAUAUUUGUUUCCAUGGAAAGCUACAAAAGUAUUGGAAACUACUUAGUAUACAAGUAUUCUUACGUGUUUUAAACACAAUAAUUUUGUGUUCAGUUGCUUUUUAAAGUGUGAAACCUUUAACCCCUAAUAUAAUAGUGAUUGGCAUCUAAUUUCUCCUUACAAUGUCACCCUUGAAUCACACAGUAAGGUCAUGAGAGUAAAGGAAAUGAUCAUCAACUAAGUAAGCUCAUGAUCAUUAAACAAAUUCUCCUUAUCAGCAUCUUUGAGAAUGUAUAGAGAACAGUGAGGAGAAUGUGCAUACUGAUGUUAGGGUGUAAAGGGUUGAAGUGUGGUAACUUAAAUCAUUUUCAACACUUAUCCAUAAGUGGUCCAGCAAAGUAAUUGAGUACUUUGAAUUUUCCAGAAUAACGGUUUUGAACAGUUUAUCAUCAAUUACUGCAAUGAGAAGCUGCAACAGAUCUUUAUUGAGCUGACUCUUAAGUCUGAACAAGAGGAAUAUAUCAGAGAGGUAGGAAUGUGUGGUUAAUACCACUCUAGAAGUCAUUUAGUCUCCAAAGACGUCACAAAAUUUCCAUUUGCAAACUUUGUAUUUGAGAAAAUUUGGAAUGAAAAUGUCUUUAUUUAGAAUUAUGCAACCUCUGUGGGUUGCUAUGUAUAGUUUAAAAAUUAUCAUAAAGUUGUCAAUGAAAUUGUCAUUUUGCAGGGUAUUGAGUGGGAAUCAAUAGAGUACUUCAACAAUGCAAUCAUCUGCGAUUUGAUUGAAAAGGUGAGUGUACGAGUGGUGGGUCAUCUCUAGGGUUCCUUACAUCACGUAUCCACCCGUGUCCCUUACAUUAUUCACAUACAGGCAGAGGCAUAGAGGUUGAUUACAUUGUAUACUUCUGACACCGGUCCGUUGCACCCCUAGUCACUGUUUGACGGCUUAGCUACGUAAAAAAAAAAGACAGUCACAUGCAACGAAGAAACUCGUUCGUGUCUUGGGUUGUUAACGCUACAUGUACAUACAUUACUUUCUCUUGUUAUUUGUUUUAGAGGAAUUUUACUGUUCCACAUUGUAUUGUUUAUGCAUAUGCUAAUCCGUAUGGCAUCGUUAGUUUUUCCUCCUUUCAUCGAUUCACUUUUACUUUGUGAAUUCGAGUACUUCAUUUACAGCCCGGUACUUCUGUGUUAUUUUCUAUCACUGGUCAUGAUUCCUGUUGCACUUAUAUGUUCCUGUGACAACAUAUUUUAUACUCAUUUAACAACUUGUUAGUUGUAUCAUACUUUUAAAACAUGCCUCUAUGUCGGUUGCGUUGUUAUGAUAACGAAGAAUCGAUCAUCCAGUGUGACCGUUUAGGUGAGAGUAGUCCUGAAAAGGACUUUAGUAACUAGCAGUGUGGACAUCAGUCCCAUUGCCGGACAAUCACACAUCAUGAAAUGUAUGUUAUUUACCGGCGGGAGGUCCGUAUUGGCACAUUGUUUACCUACACGGACCGGACCGGACCUAGAACCCGUAAUGGACUUAAUUGAUUUCAUCUAAUGUGCAAUGAAGAAUGUUUCAUGCAAAUUACGUUUCUGUCGUUUCGUCUCAGACCCAUGUAGGAAUCAUACCACUUCUUGAUGAGGAGUGUUUAAGACCAGGAGAGGUGAGUACGGUCUUUCUAACCUCUACCUUUUCUCCUUACAAGUUGAUUUUCAUGUUGGAUAUCGGAAUAUGGUAGUUUGCAAGUUCAGUGGGUACAGAUAGAAAGAUGAAUUAAAUGUGAGACACUGUGUACUCCGAGGAACCACAGUACGUCCUAAGAGACUGAUGUUGAAGUAUGGAGUCAUAUUUUCUCACUAACGCUAUUGCACUGGCGAGAAACCAUUAUAACUUUAAUGUUUUUCCGAUAUCUCUAUAUGGAUAUCAAGCUAACUCUCUUACUCCCAUGAAUGACCAAGACAGAAUUUUUCCUACAAUAUUAAUACAAUAUUGGUCAGACAAGUGAUGAGAAUAAAGAAAAAUAUCAACGAGGGGGUCAUUACUUGAUCCAAUACCAAAUUCUCCCCGAACUAAAAUCAUAAGAAUUGUAUGGCAGACAGUAAGGAGAAUUACUAAGAUGAUAUUGAGAGCGAAAGGGUUAAUCAGUUUAACUCUUAAGAGUUAAAAUGAGCUACUAAUUUCUUCUUACAGUCUUACCCUUGAAUUAAAUAUAAAGGGUAAGAGAAUAACGGAAAUGAUUAUAAUUUAGAAAGCUCCUGAUUGUCAAACAAAUUCCCCUUGUCAGUACCAGAGGAAAUUUAAGGAAAACAGAACGGAGAAUGACAUGAAUACCAAUGUUAGAGUAUUUAAAUCACUGAUUAGUUGACUUGGUUUUCAAACCUAAUUGCACUCACCUGGGUGAGUGAAUAAAUCAUUCAAGGUGUAAGUGCAUGUAACUUAUGCUCUGCUGGUAAUGUCAAAGUUGUCGUGCAUGAAUUUCUCUAGGUCAGCGGUACGACGCUCAUUGCUAAGCUCAACACGCAUUGUUGCAAGCAUCCGCACUACGAGAGCAGAGGAAGCAAGAAGUUCCUAUCUGAUAUGACUUUGCCACACGACUGUUUCAGGCUCAGACACUACGCUGGGAGCGUAAGUAGUUAACCGAAAGCCGUCAAGCUUCUAUUCAUGAUUUUAUAAUAAAUGUGGAAAUUCUCGAGCGCUCAUUUUACAAUUGAAGGUCGCCAAAAGGGGGAUUUUUGAAAGUUGAACUUGGAGCCCUACCGGUACUACGUUCUGUUUCAACUGGGAAUUGCUUUCCAAACUUUUUUCCCAAUGCUGCAAGGGUCACAUUAAUAGUGUGCCUUUCAGGCAGGGAGCUUUGAAUUUUAGGGUGAGGAGAGGGUAAGGUUUUCAUGCCGAACCACAAUGAAGCCCACCGCAAUGAUACAGACAAUAAGCAGUCGAUAACAGGCCGAUAGGGAGGAAUUAUUCAGUUGGACAACACCUCAUGGAAAAGUAAAAAUUUUUCUUAUGGGACAAGGAACAGGAAGGUCUGAAGCCUUGGUUACGUGAAGUGUGAUUUCCAUGAUACUCAUUUUUUUUUUUGUUUUCUCUUCUACCAGGUAACUUAUAGUGUUAGUGGUUUUCUGGACAAAAAUAAUGAUCUGUUUUAUAGAGAUCUCUCCCAGUGCCUUUAUGCUUGUGGUCAUCCGUUGGCCAAAACGCUUUUUCCGGACGGUAAGUUAUUAAACACGGGAAACUGUGGCUAGCACAGGGCCUUACAAAAAGAAAAAGAAAAGGAAAUAUUGAUAAAUGUUAUGUAGUAUAUGUGAUUCACAGUUGAAAUGGCAAACAAUUUGUUAAUGGCUGUUGUGUUCUUUGCGCAACCCUUCACUGUCACAGCUUUUGGCCGGCGUUCAUUCGCCUCUUCGUGACCAGACAAUACUUUCAUUUAACGCGACGAAUAAAUUUCCUUAAUUUUGCUCUGUAUUUAUCAAAAUCAUUCGAUCGUUUUCGUCCGUUGGUUAUUUGUUUGAAGGUGAACGUUUAAACUGUGUUGCGAGGCGGAGCCACGAUUUACCCUUGGGAGGGAAAAUACUUAAGUACUGUGAAAAUCAAGUUUAAUAAAUGCUGAAACAGAACAAAUACAACUUUGGAUAUACACGUUUUGCUCAAAAAUGUUAUGUGAACCUGCCUUUGUGAUUCAUCCCUUAAGCUCUAGUCGUAAACAAUGACCAAGAUUAUUUGAUGUUAUCACGAACGAAUAACGAGGGGCCAACGGUCUUAGAAGCUCCUUACGGUGGCCAAUUUACAUCAUCAACUCAGUUGAUAAAUACCAAACUAUAUUGUAAUACCCCCCACAGACGCAGCACCGCAGUUUCUUUAGAAACUCAUCCCCUUUAUUUAAUAACCAAGAUCGUUUUCCGUUUACGCUGACGUAAUGCUCAUCUGUCUCUGUAGGUUGUUCAACCAAGGCAACCAAAAAAAGACCACCGACCACAGGAACUCAGUUCAAGGUAAACUGUAUCCGUAUUACCACGUGAAUGUGGAGUUAUUGUGGAGGAAGUCUAGAACAAUUUUCAAUUGAGUGUCGAAAGGCAUCAUGGACUCGUUAAUUUGUUUCACGGCUCGUUUCAUUUGCGCUUUCCUACUUUUGUGAUUUUUCCCUAUAUUAAAAUCAGCCGUUGUGGUUACAUUGGUUUACGACAUUUAAUUGAAAAGGGAAAUUGAAACAAUCCCUUUGAAUGAGAGAUUAUUGGCCUGAUGGCGCAGGGACUGUUUCUUAGUACCCUUAGCUUUAUUGACCACUUAAUGUGCAGGAUCUCGCUCAAAGAUACUACCUACUUUGACUUUAGGAGAGAAACAUGGAUUCCAAAUAACUUGAAAGAUUAUUCCAAAUUAUACUUGAAUGCUUCCGCUUUCAGUUACCGUUCGAUACAGGUCGAAAUUACUAAAAACAGGCCGUUGGGACUUAGUGAAGGGUGACCGCCGCUGCUAAAUAGAAGUGACUGCUUAAUAGAGGGGGAAAUUGCAGUGAUUAAAGGGAAAGAAAUUCGGGAUUUUCACAACUGACCGCUCAAUACUGGGUGGCCGCUUAAUAUGGUGCCUCUUAAUACAGGUUUGACAGCAUGAACUAUAAAAUUAUUACUCUUUGCUUUGUUGUUCGACCACAAGGUAGUUGUUACUGUUUCUACAUGUAUGUUAUCAGAAACAGUCAAGUCUCUAAAUUUUUGUACCUUGGGUACCUUGGGUACCCUGGCUUUAAUACUAAAGACUUUAUAGUGAUUACCUCUCAGAGGAAAACAGAGUUUUCUAGCUAAACGGAACCUCUCUUCUUUCUGACAGGUUUCAGUCUCUGAGUUGAUGACAAAUCUUAAAAGCAAGAAUCCUCAUUAUAUCAGAUGUAUCAAGGUACUUUACUUUAUUAAAAAUUUCAUCGCAAAGGAUUUGCAAUUAGUAGCCAUCAAAUAUCGCUUCUUACUAAUUAUACGUCACCAAAGUUUAGCUUCAGACUGAGACUCUUUAAGACUGUCCCACUCUUUUUAUGUGCAAACGGACAGAUGAAAUAGGGAACGUAAGAUUAUCGUUGUUUGUACGAUUUAAAUUACAUUUUAAAAAAUACGCGUUCAAUACGCGUACAAUACGCUCGAUCGUUUUCACGUUAAACAGCUUUCCUUCUUUUCCUUUCCAGCCAAACGACAGAAAAGUUGCAGGGCUGUUCGAUGACAAACUAGUCAGACACCAGAUACGAUAUCUUGGGUGAGGCAAUUUAUUCACCUUACAUUUCUUGUAUAACUUUCUGGGAAAUGCAUAGAGGAUCGAGUAACAUGGAAAAGAAACCUAAAGUAGUAGGCCCAGUCUAUGCCCAGGAAAAACUUAACGGCGAUUCGUUGUUGUUGGUGUAUCUUACUGGUCUCAGUGUUAAGUUUAAAUUUUGCUAUUUGCAGUGUGUAUAAAUGCUGUCCUUGUUUCUUUUCUUUUAUUUAUUCACCUUUUUUUUGUUGUUGUUUGCAUGCAUUUACAAACUAUCAUUUCAUUGUUACUUUUUAUUUACGGGUAAUUUUGAACGUCGUAAGGAUAUGUAAACCCACUGACUUUGUUUUGCUGUGGGAAGUAAUCUUCCUUGUUGGAUCUUUUAAUCAGGUUGAUGGAGAACAUUCGCGUUCGAAGAGCAGGAUUUGCAUUUAGACAAGAAUAUGACAUUGCACUUGAGAGGUAAGAAACACUUCCUUUUCUCUGACAUGUUUUUUUAUAUGCAGUUGAAUGCAGUUUAACGAAGUUAACAAGAAAGAGCAUCAGCGUUCUCUAGUAGUCAUCGGUUUUUGCAUAUGCGCAUGCGUUGGAAUCCCAUGUGUUCUUCGUUUGAGGCGUUCUUGCGUGUGCUUUGAGCGUGAACUUGCAGCGUUGUGAGGAGUGCCAGCUCAUUGUCCGGGCAUUUCAGUCUGUAGAUCCUUCGGAAAUUUUAGAGCGCUUUUCGUAUGAGUUUUUUAAAACCAAAACAAGUGUCAUCACAGUGGCCAAUCAGUAAAGAAGAAAAUUUCAAAAGGAGCCAAUGAAAGCACAAAGUGAGUAUUUGUAACCGGCGCUAAGCGCGGGAAAACGUGAGGGACCAAGUCACGAAUAGUUUAAGUUUUGCCUCCGAUUGGCUGAGAAGGUUUCACGAGUGUUCCAGCCAAUCGAAGAGUGUUGUUCAAAAGUAGCCAAUAGAAGCACAAAGUGAGUAUUUGUACCGGCGUCAAGCGCGGGAAAACGUGAGGGACCAAGUCACGAAUAGUUUAAGUUUUGCCUCCGAUUGGCUGAGAGGGUUUCACGAGUGUUCCAGCCAAUCGAAGAGUGGUGGAGAAAGCUACUGCCACCUAGGAUCAACUUAAACACAACUGAAAAUUGCAGCAAAGCUCUUACUAACUAAACAUUUGCUUAUUCAGGUACAAGAUGCUUUGUAAAAAAACCUGGCCCAACUGGGUGGGCAUGCCGAAAGAAGGCCUUAAAGAACUACUUAAGGUACUCUCUAUAAAAAAGCUGAUCCAGGGUCUUGGUCUUUAAAGAAUGGCGAAAGAGUGGACGGGCGAAACACGGCGGUUGUUUAGGAAACGACUUUGGAUCCCUUCCCCCCCCACCCCCGCCUCUCCGUUUUUGUGCGCUCACUUCUUCGCGCGGGCACCGCUUUUUCAUUGAUCAAUUUCCAUGAACGCUCAGUCAUGUUUUUGCCGGUGCUAGGAAAGAACUAUUGUGCAUUUUGUAGCGAGAGUGUUGCCCAAUUUGCAUGGAGAUGUGCCAUUAUCUGAAAAGUACGUUGAUGAUAAUCUUUUUUUUUCAGAGUUUGAAUAUCAAACCAACAGCGUAUGCUUAUGGAAGAACAAAGAUCUUUUUUAGAAAUCCACGAACGGUAAGAUAUGGUAAUAGGAGAAUGACUCGGUAUUUAAGAUUGUGUCCUUUUUUUCCGUUUUCCUUUUUUUUUUUUUUUUUUUUUUUCGAAAUAGCGAAUUUGUAGUUGUGGAACCUUUUAAUGUUCUGCUGAGCUUCGUUUGACUAAAAGUUUGACUAAAGUAGACUUCUCAGGAAGGCUUCUUUCGCAAUAUUAAAGACCAAGGUACAUUACAAAAAAGCGUAAUAUACCUCGCCUGUGGGAGAAGAAUUUGCGUAAUGGUUACAGGCUAAAUAUUUCUCGAAUAUUUGUUCAAGGUGUGACUUUGUUUAAGGUGAUCACAGCCUUUGCGUAAAUUCUCUGCUUUUUGAUUUCCGCAGUUAUUUGAUCUGGAGGAGAGACGUCUUCAAGGAAUGCAUUUUCUAGCUGUCAUCAUUCAGAAGGUUUUCAGAGGCUGGAGACAGAGAACCAAAGUAAGCACUGUUUAAGGAAUAGAUGUCAUUUUCCGUGCCUACGAAGCCUCAUUUAAACACAAAUGGGGCGAUAAGUUCAAGGCAGACAUGCAAACCUGAAAGGCAGUCGAUGGUUUGAAAAAUGUUGGCAACUCUUCCAAUCCCCCAAGCGGUUGGGUGAUGCGAUGCAAUCACAGCAAAAGGCCCCUUUAGUUUUUAUAAAUCAUUCAACCAAAUUUACGUACUCCGAUCUAAACACACCUAUCGACCAUUGAGAACGUGCGUCGUAUCCCGGAUGUUUUAUAACGUGUAUUUAUUUCAGACUCCAGCGAGUGAAACAGUCAAAUCGAAAAACUUCGUGUCGUUUGGAAUUACAGGAAUUUACGUUACGGAGAGAAGCCGUUUGGGAGCCUGACAAACUGUCUUUCAGUUGUACUAAUAUGCUAUUACGAUGUUCUCUCUCAAAGAGAAAAAGAGAGAAUAAUCCCAAAUGCCUCAAGAUCUAGGUUCGACAAAUAAUUGUUGUUCGGGCAAGGAGCAUUUAGCCUUCCCGAAAACAUCUAUCGAGCGUGCUCGAUGAAGUGGCGGAAAUAGAGCUGAGUUUAAGGUCUUAUCAUAGACCGGAGGGACUUCUUGAAUUACUCUACAGAGAAGGUGAAACGCCCCUACCCCUCCCCUCGAGUUCUCCUCUUGUGUCACUUACUUUUAGAACUGUAUUUGAAAGCAUUUAAAUGGCUUAAGAGUUGCAUUGUAGGUUUUGAUGAUGCAAUUAUUCCGGCAGAAUUUGGAUUUAUAUAACAGGGAUCAAACAGAAUCAAUUUCUGAGUGCAAGUCUUAGUUUGCAGACCGAACUUAAUCCACAAAUAAUUAUUCUGUCAAAAGUGGCAAAUGAAAUUUUUGAAUGAAGUGAAUCAUCAUUAGUGCUGUAACCCUAAGCAUAUUUUCGCGGAUUCAACUUCUUUGGUUGCUUUAGUAAACUCUGGGAUGAGGCGAAACUGAGUUAAUUUAUUUAAAUCAAUCCACAGUAUCUUAAGAUGAGAGAGAGUGAAAUUAUCAUCGCUAAGUAUUAUCGUGGCUUCAGGGUAAGUAGUAGGAUCUGACAGAUGUUGCAUAAACAGUUGUAUUUUGUUUGGAAAGAUGUUAAACAUUUGUCACUAGCUUGAAACAACGAAGAAUUUUGAGUCAUGUGUCACAAUUCGAACCUCAGAAUUCCGGUCCGAUUCUUUACCGAGUGUGCUACGGAUACCUCUUUUUGAUGAGCUAAACGAAUGACUAGAAUCAUGAAAAUCAUAAGCCAGUGAAUGUAGUUUGAAUAAAACACCAAAUUCCCAGCUUAAAAAGAAAUUUAUAAUAAUCCCUGUAAUGAAAAUUAGCCUUUUUUUUAGACCUUGGGAGUUCAAAGGUAAAAAUUAACGCCUUAAACGCGUACAUUUUCUCAGCUUUUCCGCAUUUUUCCCUCGUUAAAUUUCAAAGAGUAGUUAGUGUUUCUCAGAGCUUUGCAGAAAACUCAAUAAUUUUCGAAAUAUUGUUGCAGUUUGAUCAUUCACUCUCUGUUCACUUCCGCAGGAUCAUCGGACUUAUCUCAGAAAGAGAAGCGCUGCUAUUACCGUCGCUCGUUUUGUUCGCGGCUGGAAGGUAUGUUUUUCAAUUUUGAAAAUGAUAUCUGACGAACAAGUCGGGAAGCCAAUUUCUUCCUCAAGGCGCAAGUAUUUCUGAAAAAAUUAAUGAUGAUCUAUCUGUACAACUGAUCGUAGCAAACAAAUAAUAUUUGAAAUGAAUCAAAUUGAACCUUUGGACUCGAAGAAAAUUAAUGUUAAAACAAUUGCAGUACGAAGAGGCAAUGGGUAAACAGAAGGAAAAAAGCUGAACUCCAAAAAAACAGGAGACAUUUCACUUUGAAUAGUCGCUCUUUGGAACCAAACAUCGUUUGUCGCGUUUGAGUGGACGUUAUCGUCAGCAUAGUUUCAUUACAAGAUCCUCAUCUUAUACUAUCUUGUAGUUCGAUUCUGGGCUGCUACAGGCAAGAAUGGCUAAACUCUGUUUCUCUUCUCUUUCGUUUCUCUCUUACUGAUAUCACGAAAAACCCUUGGCACAGAAACGUUCUUCAGAUCAUUGCACACACAUGUGAUCAUCAAAAUCAUGUCUAAGUUAAAACGCUUGCUACGCUUGUGUGGAUUCUCUGUGCGAUGUUGGCUAUGACAGGCAACAAGUGGCUAAUCUCGUUUUUACUCUUCUUUCCUUUAAUGAACAAUAAUGAUAUUCUUAAUAACAGUGUAAUAAUGUAAUAAUCGCAAUAGAAUAUGUGUGCCGCGCUGAACUCUGAACCCAACUUUCGAAAAUGUUUGUGGAACUCUUCGUAGUAAUACCGUAACAAUGUCUUGACUUUAAUUUAAAAAUCGUUUUAAACUAACUCUUGCAAACUAUCUCUUGUAAAAUAACUCCUAUAAACUAAAUCUUGUAAAGAAGGUAGCGACAGAUUACUAGCUAAUAUGAUUGCUUUGCCUAAGAGAAGAUCUUGCCUCUUGGAGGCCGUGGGAAUUCUACCUGCAAUAGACAAUCGAGAAACAUGCUUUCUGGAAUCCUGUGGCGAAUUAGUCUCUCUCUUGUUCAUUUACGCCUUGUCGAGGAAACGCAUUGUUGUGUAACAUACAUAUAUCAAUGCAGCUCUACUAAUAUGUCACGCUUUCGACAUAAUCCUUAUCACUUUCACAGCGAGCAACUUACAGUUUGGUUUGAUUUUGUCAUAAAUAACACUCGUCUUUUCCAUUUGUUUCUGCUCUUCAUUUAGCCAUCAGCUCUGUAGUGGACAAACUCUUGUCGUUUUCACGCAAAAUGGGAGGAUACGAUUUUUCUGUGAACAACGAAGCAUUCAAUACCUUUGAGUGCCCCUUUUUCACUAUUAUUUGAUCAUUUAUUUCUUAAUGAGCUUAUCAAAAUAAUCGUGGAUAAGAUCAUGGAAAGUAAUGGAAUUUUAUCAGUUUUAUGGAUUACCAACUUGGAAAAAGCCCUCCUUAGGCUUUUUAAAUUGAUAUCUGUGGACGUUAAGAAAAUUUUACCCUUCAUUAAUCCAUUGUGGUUUUGUGCGUUGGCAUUUUUUUAUUCUCAAUAUCUCGUUUUCCCAUAUUAUCCUAUUAAGUCGAUCCGAACAGCGGUUUAUAAGCAGUAACCAGUCGUUUUACGUCUCAGGCGCGGAAGCUCUACAAAGCCAUGUUGUACGAGAAGAAAUGUAUCUGGGCUUCUGGUAUAAUUCGUACCUACUUCUACGGAUGGCAGGUCAGCGUUUAUCCUGUAAAUCUCAGGAGAGAUAAACACCUAACUUAUCCUAACAUUAUCAAUACAUUAACCAUCAUACACCUGAGGAGAUUAAACUAUUUAUAAACUAGAGGGCGCUGUCUUGAUGUAACUCCUCAUCGAAAUUCAGGGUACGCGGCCAAAAGUAUGAAUUACUAAUUAUGUCUUGGAAUUAUCCAAAAGAGUUCACCGGAAAAAACAACAACAACAACAACAACAACACACACACACAAAACAGAAAAUCUCCCAUCACAUGUCCGGGACCAGGACUAGCAGUUUGGCCUUAAUAAACCUCUUUCAUUCACCUUGCGCAGUUAUUUGACAGCUUCACCGACUCACCAAAAUCCGUCUCCAAAAUUGACACUGUUUAUACGUCGGUGUUUUAUUGAAUGAUCCGUUUCUAGUCACACCCAAAAUAAUCUUCUAACUUCAUCCUUUCAAUUAAUUUUCCCAUUUAAAGAAGAUACUUAGAGGAUCUCCGAAAACAAAGCUUAGAAUUCCUAACAAGAGUCCAUUUAGCACUGCCAAAAUUAACGAUAAAAAAACUGCGACACCAAGAUGCCUCCUUUGUCUCCAUUAUCAAGUAACAUGGAUACUUGUAGUUCAAAUUUAUAUUGAAUAUUGAUACUUGAAUAUAAUUAAUAACGUGCGUGUCACAUAAAAUAGAUGGUAAAUAUGAGAAAAAGGCGAGGGAAGAAAAAAAACCAACUAUGUUAGUUAUGUUAAAUUUAGGUCACCCAAAUACUUAAUGGCACUAAUGGACUAAUUGACUUAGUGCAAAUAUAAUUAAUGAGAGGAAUCUAGCAGCGUUAACCAAUGAUGUAGAUAGGAAAAAGGUGAUACUUCAUCGGCUAACUUCUGAACAUCUAACUUCAUUACGACUUUUAAAUAAUUAAUCAUUAAUUGACUGUCGGAACGAGCGAGCACAACGGACAACAUAAUGAAUUCAUUCCAUUCAAUUUCACCAGGCCCGCAAACUUUACAGAUCCAUGGUUCUUGAAAAGAAGCGCAAACAGGCGGCGACAAUAAUCGCAGCCUAUUUUACAGGCUGGAAGGUGAAUUAAGAGUGGUAUCUUUUUUUCCAGGUUAAGUUGUUAACUAAGGCAUGCACCUUUAGUCUGCCAGUGCAGGCGAAUUUUUGGCACUCGGGAUUGUAAGUGAUAGGUCUAGCGCCGGAUAGUUUGGGUUUUCAAAGCCGGGAAAGGUUGAAAUUUUGUUUGAACUCAUUUAGACAAUCGCACUUAAGUCACUUAUUUUGUCACACUUCAAAUCACUAUUGUUUUGUCAAUUUGAUUGCCUUUCGCAUUCAUUCCAUUCAAUUCCACCAGGCCCGCAAACUUUACAGAAGCAUGGUCCUUGAAAAGAUACGCUUCCAGGCCGCUAUUAUAAUAGCGGCGUACUUUACAGGCUGGAAGGUGAAUGAAGAGUGAACUUUUAUUUGGACUCUUUAAGACAAUCGCAACUUAAGUCGCUGUCAUUUUGUCGCACUUCCAAUCACUAUUGUUUUGUCAAUUUGAUUUCCUUUCGCAUUCAUUCCAUUCAAUUUCACUAGGCCCGCAAACUUUACAGAUGCAUGGUCAUUGAAAAGAUACGCAAACAGGCGGCGACUAUUAUCGCAGCCUAUUUUACAGGCUGGAAG